GAUCAGCUUUGCUGCUUUGAGGAGGCCGACGUCCAGAUCCUGCGGCUCGGCGAGGAUCAGGAGCCGGUGGUGGUGGUCUCGAACUUCCUCUGUGCCGAUGUCCUUGCAGAGCUGCGCGCCACUCUGGCUGCGACAUCGCGCUUCGAAGAGGGCGUUCACUGGGAAGAUCUUGGAUUUGCAUUUCCAGGACCUCAGUUCUGGAUGCGGCGCCAUUUCGAUCUGCCCUACUCCUGGCUGCGAUUUCUUCGCCAGCAUCCGCUCUCUCUCGCCAUGGCACCUAUCCUUUUUGACAUGUCCAUUCUUGACAUCUGCUUCUCGCGGCUGGCCUCUGCCGACAAGCCCCUUUGGGGGUCGAUGACGCCUUUGUUGAACGUUUCCUGUGGGCCACGCAUCUUCCACCCAACAUGCGUGGAUGUCAACAUGAUCCGUUUCAGCACAUAUGCCCGCGAGAUGGAAAACACCAUUGUCCACAUUGACACUUUCGGUGGCGAAGGUACCUGGACAAACUUCGUUUUCAACUUGCACCUGUCUGACAACUUCGAUGACACAGGCACUGCCUUCUGGAAAGAGGUUGGGGCAAGGACGUCUGCGCGACCGCGAAGUGGGGAGGCGAAGGGACGGAAGGCGUUCCACAAGCAAGUCCAACGCAUGCAGGACAUGUUGUCUUAUGGCCGAGACCACAUGAUGGCCUGGCGAGAACAUCCGGAGUUUCCUGGGCUUAACGUUCUCAACGACUCCGACCCCACCGGCCGCUUGGAGCUGCUGGCCUACGUGCCCUUCCGUCUGAACACGGCAGUGCUCUGGCGCUCCGAUGUUCUGCACAGCCCGGCUUUCGGCGCCAGCAGCCACGCACGGCUCAGCAGCGAUCCGGCGACAUCGCGGACGCUCCUGCAGGCUUGGCACCGCCCUGUACGGCGUACGGCCGCCGUGGGAUGUGGAAGGAUCUGA